GUGAGUUUCUCUAACAGACACGUACUCCUGUCUGUCACUAUUCCAAUGUCAUAACUUUGGCUCCAGAUUAAUGAACAUCAAAGAUUAAGAAAAAACUAAUGCAAGAAAAGGGACAAACGAAUUAGUUUGGUAGUUGGAUAACUGUUGAAUGCUUACAGUAUGUUUCUGAUGAAAGAAAUGGUGAACAUUAAAAGUCAGUGAAUGUCAAACAUGGAAUGCUUACAUCCUGAAAAGAAGGUUAAGAGAAUAAUUUGGAAGCGGUCCAAGGAGAAACCGGAUGGGGAAGAUUCUGCUGAAAACUGUACGUCAUUGAUGAAGAUGGAAGGCAACGUUAAAAAGAGGCCUUAUUCUGAUUUAAUGACCAAUGAUUUUGACGGGCCUUGCAUGAUGUCCCUUCUCCCACUUCCGAAUUUGGAAAAAUGUUACUCUGGGGCCCCUGUUGUCUUGACUGGAACAGCAUGCAAAGGGCCAACUGGACCACCUGUUGGAGUUGUUGAUAUUGGUGUUAGCAGAUCUGCUUACUAUUUUCGUAUUGCUCUACCUGGAGUCAAGAAAGAUCCUGGAGAUUUCAACUGUGAGAUUGAGAAAGAUGGAAAGGUCCUUAUUCGAGGGGUGACAUCAACUGGUGGAAGAACUGUCUCAAGAUAUUCUCGGGUCUUUGAAAUGAAAAUUCAGCAACAAUGUCCAUCUGGAGCUUUCACCGUCUCCUUUAAUUUGCCUGGGCCUGUCGAUCCGAGGAUGUUUUCGCCAAAUUUCAGAUCUGAUGGCAUUUUUGAAGCUGUUGUAGUGAAGUACGAACCAUAGCUGGUCGGUCAUGUAAACAACCAUUUAAGCCAGAACCUACCACACCACAUAAAGCUGUUUGCACUGAAGUGUUGUUGAUAUGGAUUAGUGGUGGCUAAUGUGCUGUGUGUACUGAACUUGUAGAUUUUGUAUGGUUCAGACAAUGACAUGUUUUUGCAAUGUAAAUAGCACAAAAGUACAGUUCAAUUGAUCCACUGUUUCAUUUUGGUUCACCAAAACAGCAUAUUACUGCAU